AUACACAAGUGAGGAAUGGAAAAACUGGAACCGUGCGAUAUUGAGGUGCGCCAGGUGUCCGCUGGCGAAGCAGCGGAUAUGAUGACCUUCCUGCUGGCCCACUACUAUCCCGAGGAACCCACCACGGCGGGCACAAGUCCGCCGGAACCGGAGGCAGCCGACAAGGAGUUCCUGCUGUCCAACGUUCCCUUCGGCACCUGCUUCAUGGCGAUCGCAGAGGGCAGGAUCGUGGCCGCCGUGGUGGCUGGGCCCAAGGACGCCCACGAACCGGAGCACAUGGUCGAGGAGGCCCAGAAGCAUGCCGGCGGCAAGUGGGGACGCAUUCUCCACUUGCUCUCCGCCGUGGAAUCCGCCACGGAUGUGUGCCGGCGCUUCAAUGUGCCCACCAGCGUCCAUGUCCACGCCUUGGGUGUUGAUCGCCAGCAGCGCGGUCGCAACCUGGGCGCCCGCCUCAUGACCGCCGUUGCCCAGCGGGCCAGGGACUUGGGCCACCGGCUCGUCUCCGUCGACUGCACCAGCGUCUACUCCGCCCGGUUGGUCCGGCGACUGGGCUAUCAGCUGGUCAACACCCUGCGCUACGUGGAUCACUUGGACGAAAGUGGACAACAGGUUAUUCAUCCACCGCCUCCACACGAAUGUGUCCAGACCUUCGUGCUGCAACUCUAGAAAAAAAAUCCCCAGUUGCCGGGGAACCUUAUCACCUUAUCAUCAUAAAUUCUUAUCGUAGAUAAACAAACAUGUGACAAGCGAAAGCCAUGUAAAAUGUUGUAACUUUUGGCUCUUAAUACUAGUAUUUAUGUAUCAAUUUUUAUUCAUACAUAUAUAGACUUUUAUAACUUAAUAACUUUAAUAACUGUCAUUAGUGUAUUUAUUUUACU